UCUGAGAAUACCAAGCCUACAGUAUUCUAAGAUGUACUUUCUGUUUAGUCAUUCUAUGUGUUUCCUUGGUAUCCUGUCCAUGUUGUCCAGUAUUUUAGAAGUAUCAGAGGCGUAUGAAAAUGUUGCCUUACACAAACCCGCAUUUCAAUUGCAUCCGUAUGACAAAAAUAAUAAAACAUUCGACGCAACUAAUGCAGUAGAUGGACUAAAGUCUGACUUAUCUUGGACGGGAGGUCAAUGUGCUGUAUCAGCUCUUGAAAAAGAAAUCGCCGCCUGGUGGGUAAACCUUGGCAGACUUCACAUCAUCCACCACAUCACCCUGUAUUUCAAGACAAAAAAUGCCAUUUGGGAUAACACAAACAACGCUACAUCCACCUUUCUAGGAUUUUCACUCUAUGUUUCCAACACAACAGAUAGAUUGCAAGGAAAAUUAUGUUUCAAGGAUAAUUACUUUAACAGAAGCACUAUUCCUGCAGUGUUUAGCACAAUAUGUUAUGUACAAGGACAAUAUGUCAUCUACUACAACGAGAGAUUAAAAGGGGUUACCUAUCCUAGCGAUUAUAAUUCAGAUGCUGAAAAUGAUUUAUGUGAAGUCGAGGUGUAUGGUUGUCCGGUACAAACGACUCAUUGCGAUGUGUUUGACACAGUUGAAUGUGUCUGUCUGGCCUGUAAACCUGGUUACCAUGGUGACACGUGUAAAGGAGCAUCCUCAACUGAUGUCGAAGUUAAAAGCCAGACACCUGUACUGCAAGGUGUUAUAGCAUCCUCAACUGAUGUCGAAGUUAAAAGCCAGACACCUGUACUGCAAGGUCUAAUCGGUGGUCUCAGUGUCUCGAUUUUGAUCAUAGUUGUACUUAUUCUCCAUAUUGUACAGACAAGAGUUUCAAUGAGAAGGAACCAUCAAAUAUUGAAUGCAAUAGAAUUAAGAAAUGGCGCCAACUCAACAAACUCAUCUGUUACUGGAAGCAAUUAUACUGGGAAUAGUUACACUGAGUUCGGAUGGUCCAGGGAGACUGACCAGUAUUAUACGGAGAUGACAGGUGUAGUUUAGAACUUAUUCUUUAACACAAUCGAAAGUUUUUCAAGUCAUUUGCCCUUAGAAAAAUUGAAAAUGGAAGGAAAAUGAAGAAUAAUGAUAAUUUCAGCAAAUAUACAAAAAAGUCAUGUAUUUUUGAAAUUGAUUUGGAGGUUUUUGAUUAAUCAAUCAAAUAUUUAUGAUAUUUUAGAAAGAUUAUAUUGUACACAACUUUCUUGC